AAUUUUGUGCCAUCUCUGGGCAGGCAGACUUCCCUGACGACAUCGGUGCUGCCUAGUGCCGAGCAGGGUGCGACGUACACGGACUUUAUUUAUUUUACUGCCUUUGAAGGAAGCGUGCGCAAUGUCUCUGAAGUCUCCGUGGAGUAUUUAUGCUCCCAGCCUUGUGUUGUCAAUUUGGAAGCAGUUGUCUCAUCCGAGUUCAGAAGUAGCAUUCCUGUGUACAAAAAGAGGUGGAGGAACGAGAAACACCUUCACACCAGCAGAACACAAAUAGUGCACGUGAAGUUCCCAAGCAUUAUGGUGUACAGAGAUGACUACUUCAUCAGACACCCUAUCUCUGUGUCCACGGUGAUUCUACGAGCCUGGAUCACUCACAGGCACAGUGGUGGGGCCUUGAAUGUCCGAGGGGAGGAGAAUUUGCUGCAUGCAGUAGCAAAGAAUUACACCCUGCUGCAGACGGUCCCACCCUUUGAACGGCCUUUCAAAGACCAUCAGGUGUGCCUGGAGUGGAACAUGGACUAUAUUUGGAGCCUCUGGGCCAACAGGAUCCCACAGUGUCCUCUGGAAAGUGAUGCAGUUGCCCUCCUCAGUUUCCCGUAUGCCUCCAGUGGAGAAAACACUGGCAUCGUGAAGAAGCUCCCCAAGUUCCGGAACCGAGAGCUGGAGGCCACCCGAAGCCAACGAGUGGACUACCCCAUGGUUACAGUUUCACUGUGGCUUUAUUUACUCCAUUAUUGCGAGGCCAGUCUCUGUGGAAUUCUGUACUUUGUUGAUUCUAAUGAGAUGUACGGCACACCUUCUGUGUUUCUUACGGAAGAGGGUGGUUUGCAUAUUCAAGUGCAUCUUGUCAAAGGGGAAGAUCUGGCUGUGAAAACAAAAUUCACCCUCCCUCUGAAGGAGUGGCUCCGACUGGAUAUCUCUUUCAGUGGAGGCCAGAUAGUGGUCACUGCCAGCACUGGAUGGGACUUGAAAAGCUACCAUAAUCAGACCAUUAGCUUCCAUGAAGAUUUCUAUUACAACGACACAGCUGGAUACUUCAUUAUUGGAGGGAGCAGGUAUGUGGCAGGAAUUGAAGGCUUCUUUGGACCUGUGAAAUACUAUCGCCUCCGAAGCCUACACCCUGCACAGAUUCUUAAUCCCUUCCUUGAGAAGGAACUGGCUGAGCAAAUCAAGUUAUAUUAUGAGCGGUGUGCUGAGGUCCAAGAAAUAAUAUCCAUGUAUGCUGCCACAGUCCAGGAUGGGGGUGAGAGACGAGAAACAUGUGACGUCUAUAACUCCUACCUGGACCUCAAGCACAGGUAUGGGAGGCCAGAGGUGUGCAGAGCCUUGCCCUGGGAGAAGGAGCUGAGAGACAGGCACCCCGGCUUAUUCCAGACACUGCUGCAGAUGGACCUGCUGACUGUGCCAUGGAACCAAAAUGACUCUGUAUUAGAAAUCGGUGGGAAGAUAUUUGAGAAGGCUGUAAAGAGACUCUCCGGCGUUGAUGGCCUCCACCAAAUUAGCUCUGUCAUCCCCUUUCUGAUGGAUUCCAGCUGCUGUGGAUACCAUAAAGCAUCCUACUACCUCACUGUCUUCUAUGAAACUGGAUUAAAUGGACCUCGGGAUCAGAUGCAGGGCAUGCUAUACAGUCUGGUUGGAGGCCAGGGUGGUGAGAGGCUGUCGUCAAUGAAUCUUGGGUACAAACACUACCAGGGUGUUGACAGCUAUCCCCUGGACUGGGAACUGUCAUAUGCCUACUACAGCAACAUUGCUACGAAGACACCCCUUGACCAGCACACACUGCAGGGAGACCAGGCCUAUGUUGAAACCAUUAGACUCAAAGAUGAUGAAACACUCAAAGUCCAAACCAAAGAAGAUGGAGAUGUCUUUAUGUGGCUGAAGCACGAAGCCACCCGCGGCAACGCGGCAGCACAGCAACGAUUGGCCCAGAUGCUGUUCUGGGGGCAACAAGGGGUGGCCAAGAACCCUGAGGCAGCCAUCGAGUGGUAUGCUAAGGGGGCCCUGGAGACCGAGGACCCUGCACUGAUAUAUGACUAUGCCAUCGUGUUAUUCAAGGGUCAAGGAGUUAAAAAGAACAGACGGCUUGCCUUAGAGCUCAUGAAGAAAGCGGCUUCCAAGGGAUUGCAUCAGGCGGUCAAUGGCCUGGGAUGGUAUUACCACAAAUUCAGGAAAAACUAUGCUAAAGCAGCGAAGUACUGGUUAAAAGCAGAAGAAAUGGGGAAUCCAGAUGCAUCCUACAAUCUUGGGGUCCUGUAUUUAGAUGGCAUUUUCCCAGGAGUUCCUGGAAGGAAUCUGACGCUGGCUGGUGAAUACUUCCACAAGGCUGCACAAGGAGGACACAUCGAAGGGACGCUGUGGUGUUCUCUUUACUAUAUCACGGGCAACCUGGAGACCUUCCCUAGAGAUCCGGAGAAAGCUGUUGUAUGGGCAAAGCAUGUGGCUGAGAAAAAUGGAUACUUGGGUCAUGUCAUUCGCAAAGGCCUCAAUGCCUACCUGGAGGGAUUGUGGCAUGAAGCUUUGCUGUAUUACGUUUUAGCAGCAGAAACUGGAAUUGAAGUGUCACAGACAAAUUUAGCACACAUCUGCGAGGAGCGGCCAGACCUGGCUGGGAGAUAUUUGGGCGUUGAUUGUGUUUGGCGAUACUAUAAUUUCUCCGUUUUUCAAAUAGAUGCCCCUUCAUUUGCAUAUUUGAAAAUGGGAGACCUUUACUACUAUGGCCAUCAAAACCAGUCCCAAGAUCUGGAGCUGUCUGUGCAGAUGUAUGCCCAAGCAGCCCUGGAUGGAGACUCCCAGGGAUUUUUCAACCUGGCUCUACUGAUAGAGGAAGGUGCUGCCGUCUCACACCACAUUCUGGAGUUCCUGGAAAUUGACCCAUCACUCCAUCCCAGUAACGCCUCCAUUCUCCGGGAGCUGUAUGAAAGGUGCUGGAGCCUCAGUAACGAGGAGUCGCUUAGCCCCUGCGCCCUGGCCUGGCUUUACCUUCACCUGCGGCUUCUCUGGAGUGCUGUUCUGCACUCUGCCCUGAUCUACUUCCUUGGAACCUUCUUGCUGUCCGUAGUGAUCGCCUGGAUGGUGCUCUAUUUCCAGUGUGUCUCAGCCAGUGGCUCCUCUCCAGCACCAGCCUGGGUCGUGGCAGACCCCACCUCAUCCGCCCCAAGUCCAGCUGUGCCUCCAGCUGCAGAUGCCUCCGACCAUGACCCACCCAUGAUGGCUAACAACCCUGAGCCUCGAGGGUGAACUUGCACGUCCAGUCUCUCCAGCUGAGAGAUAGUCCUUUCAAUAGCUGGUUGGGGAAGGCUAAGGCCAGGGCAUUUUGCUGAUAAAUUACCUUAAAUGUCUUGUGAACUGGA